AUGGGCAUACAGUCAGAUCCGCCGACUUCACUAUACGCUGCUGCUGGCACUGCGGCUGACGACAACGUAAAGGUCCGUGAUCAAUUGCCACCAGAAACUGACCAACAUGGCUACCGAAUCAACGAACAGCCCAUGGGGACGAAGAGAAAGGUCAAAGUCGUCCUCAUGGGCGCUGGCGCAUCGACUUUGAACUUUCUCAAAAAGGCUGAAGAAGAGAUGGAGAACCUGGAGAUAGUGUGCUACGAGAAGAAUCACGACGUUGGCGGCACUUGGCUGGAAAAUCGAUACCCCGGCUGCGCCUGCGACAUCCCUUCGGUCAACUAUCAGUUCUCUUGGAAAAUCAAACUCUGGUCGCAUUACUACUCGUAUUCGCCGGAGAUCUGGGAGUACUUGAAAUCCAUCGAACGCGAAAAUAAUUUCAUCGCCAAGUAUAUCAGGCUGCGACACCGCUUAGAGCAUGUGGAGUGGGACGAUGCGGCCGGUCUAUGGCGGUUCCGCGUUCGUGAUCUGGAGAAGGACGUCGUGUUUGAAGACAGUGCCGAGUUCUUUGUCAACGCCGGAGGUGUCUUGAACAAGUGGAAGUGGCCAGAGAUUCCAGGUCUGCAAGAAUUCAAGGGCAAGCUGAUGCAUUCUGCGAAUUACGAAGAAGGCUACGAUCUGUCCAAAAAACGUGUCGCUGUCAUCGGUGCUGGUAGCUCGGGUGUGCAAAUUGUCGCGUCAAUACAACAAAAGGUCCAGCAUCUGUACCACUGGAUUAGAUCGCCAAUAUGGAUCACAGCAGGCUUUGCUCAAACCUGGGCCGGAAAGAACGGCGCAAACUUUCGAUACAGCGAGGAACAGCUCAAAUACCUCGAAGAAAAUCCCAAGAAGUACCUAGAGUAUCGCAAACAGAUCGAAAACGAACUCAACCAGCGCUUCAAAUUCAUCAUCAAAGGCAGUGAGGAAGCUCGUCUCGCACGUGAAUACGCAGACACCGAAAUGCGCAACAAACUCAACCAUGACUCCCGCCUCAUCGAGAAGAUGAUACCCAAGAACUUCAAUCCCGGAUGCCGCCGUCCAACGCCAGCACCGGGAUAUCUCGAAGCUCUUGUUGCGCCCAACGCCACUGUCUUUACCGACCCUAUUGGCUCCAUAACAGCCACAGGUUUCACAGACCAAGAAGGCAACCACCACGAAGUCGACGUAAUCAUAUGCGCGACCGGCUUCGACACCUCCUGGCUGCCGCGUUUCCCCUUCAAAGCCCAUGGGCGUGAUCUGCGCGAUCUUUGGGGUUCGGAGGAAGGCGUAACAUCUUAUCUCAGCGUUGGUAUCCCCAACUUCCCGAACACGUUCUCCUUCUGUGGUCCGUAUGGUCCUCUCGGUCAUGGUUCUUUCAUGCCAUUGAUCGAAGUGUGGACCCGCUACAUCUUCUCCGUCAUUACAAAAUGCCAGGUCGAGAACAUCAAGUCUCUUGCCCCCAAACUUGCUCCUUGUGUGCAAUUCCGCCAACACGCCGAUCUCUUUCUACAACGCACCGCGUGGACUUCACCAUGCCGCUCUUGGUUCAAGCAAGGAAAGACGGAUGGUCAAGCAACCAUGUGGCCCGGCUCGCGCCUCCACUUUCUCAAGAUCAUGGAAACGCCGCGGUAUGAAGACUUUGAGAUUGAGUAUAGACAAGGAAACAUGUGGGCGUUUCUAGGAAAUGGGUUUGAGGUGAGAGAGUUUGAUGGGAGGGAUAUUACGAACUAUCUGGGAAAUUUGGACGAGGAGGGAAGAGACGUACAGCCUGACUAUGAUGAGGGGCUCAAAGACGUACUUGGAGGAUUUACGUUAGGAGAUGAAUACAUUGUGAAGGGCGGGAAAUAG